AUGGACGAAAGCAGCAGCACACCACGUGACGCUCAGCCUACAGGCGCUUUCGAAGAAGCGUUGACGCCAAAGCUUCAGGACCGCAUGGACCAGGCGACACAGCACCAGGAACGUCAACUGGAUACUAUCUACUCGAGUGUCAAGCAGCUCCGUUGUGCAGCAGACGCAGCGAACGACGAGGUGCUGGUGCAGAACGCAAUGCUGGACGAGGCCGUCGUGCAGGUCAACGAGACCGAAGCGGCCGUGCAGCAGCAGACAAAAGCUGCUCGCAAAGUGGUUCACCGGUACCGGAAACUCGGCUGCUACUACGUCGUCCUCGUGCUGCUGACUGCUGCAUUGCUCAUCGUUGUUUUCAUCUAA